AUGGAUGAAUCUGGCCUUAUCUAUGGAACUAAAUGCCUUGAAAGUGAUAUUGAACCACAGAGAGAGCAACUCCUUUUCCAGUAUGACCCUGCAGAUGUGCCUUCAGAUAUGGCAGGUGUCAUGGCCUCCAUCAAACAGUUGGCAGAGAAAAUUCUGUUCCACUGGCGAGAAUUCCCUAUUGUUCUUCCUUCAUCAAUCACUGACAAUGAACCCCAACCAAUAGGAGCUGCCAAUGGGGAUAUCAGUAAAGAACGGCCAAGUAAAGUUACAUUUCGUGAUGUUUUCAUUGCUCCUACAUUUGAUGAACUGGAAGAAGUUGCAAGAUUACCCAAUGGCGGACAGAAAAAGCUAAAUGAAAAACAGUUAUAUUGUAUCUGGGAUAAUGGGGAAUUUGAAGUUGACAGCAUUCAUUUUCCUGGCCAAACACACAAAUGGCAUCUUAGCCAACUGCUGCAAAAAGGUUCCCGGAGAUCUCAUGAAACCCUUCUUGAUGACAUGGCACUGGCACUGAGAAUUCUGCUGAUCACAGCCAGAAAUCGCUUCCAUUCACACUUUUUUAGUUUAUCUGAAGGAUUCAAAAGUUGGGGUCGAGGUCUAUGGAAAAUAUUUGAUAUAGUUAUUGGCAUGCCUUCAACAAGUCCUGGGGAUCUGACAGCCAAACUCAGGGAAGAGCAUAUGCGCUAUUUAGUAGCUGAACUAGACAUACGGCAUAAUUGUCGAAAAGAAUUCAACCGCUUUUGUGAAUAUGUCAAAGACAAAUGCAAGCUGUUGAGAGCUGAGAAACACAAGACUGCUGACCUCAGACCACCUCCAAUUCCUUACUACUAUCAGACUCCACAAGGACUGCAUAUAGAUUUGAGGCUUUUUAAUAAAGAUCUAAUCAAUAACUGUUUGCCAAUUCUGAGCAAUAUAGUUGAAAAGGAAUCUCGUGGGUGGCAUAUUCAAUAUCGUCAAAAAUUGGUUCGAGAACUGAAAGCCAAAGGUCUUUCCAAUGAACAGAUUACUGAGGAAGUAUCAACUGCUGUGAUGAAUGAAUAUCUUCAAAGAGUUUAUCGUGCUGUGCAAAAUAAUAUUGAAUUGGAGAACUUACAACAUGGAAUAGGUCAGUUGCUGAUUGCUCAGGCCCAGUCUGUAUUGGCUAUGCAGAAAGCUGUACAGAAUAUUCAGCAGAAAAUGGUUGAGCACAAAGAAAAGUUAAUAGAGCAUUUAAAAAAUGAAUAUCCUGUAAAAUCUCGGAUUACCGCCUGGAAAAAUGAGCAGCUACAGCGGUUUGAGGAGGAAUUUAUUAACCAAAAUUUGUGGUCAGCCCAUGAAAUUGCAAUUAGUUUGUGUGAGGAGCAGCAACAAAAACAAGCCAUUUAUUUUUUGCGGCGUGAUUUGAACUUUAUCAAGGAGAGAGAACACAUAUUGCGCAAAGAACUUGGCAGAGUAAAGGUACCAACCCAAGUAUUCACAUUUUCUACAAAAAUCUGGUUUCCUCAGCAUUGGAUGAUUGUUAGACAAACACGGGGUGACACUGAGGUGAUGCCCACCAUUAUCAAAGAUGGGGCUGCCCCUGCUGGACCAGUCAGUAAGAAAGAGCAUGACACUUACACAGUGGACAAAUAUUUGCGCAGAAAAACCAGCACUCGUUAUCCAAUGUGGAGAUGGUGGAAUUAUGUACAUAGAACAUGGGCAUGGAUGUGGAAUUCUAUGUUCUUUUUUUGGGUGGUCAUUCCUUGGUGCAGUCCAGUCAGUUUCCGAGCCUUGUUUUAUACUAAUCCUUUCAAACCAGAUCUAGAGCUGAGUCCUGUUGAUGGUGCCCUCUACCCAAAAGAAUCUUCUCUUACUCACACACUGAUUUCUCGUUUACGACUGCUGUGGAAAAAUGUCAGAGAAUCCAGAGCCAGUUUUGAAGAGGCUCCUGAUACUGGAUUUUUGGGAAAAAGUUUAACCCGCCACUUGAACCGAUUUUGGAACUUUGUAUUGAAAGGUGGAUUUGGGAGCAUCAUCCUGGUUUUGAUCUUUCCAUUAUUGUGCAUUUUCCUUUCUGGCCUCUCUCUUGUUACAGCACUAACCACGCCACUCUGGAUGCCUGUGGUGACAUUAUUUACUCAUAUUGGAUUCUUUCUGAUAUAUGAUCUUGACUGUCCAGAAGUAUCUGGCAACAAAAUCCUAGUCUUACUUGAAGCCAUCCUCUGGCAUAUUUUCCUGCAAGGUUGCAUUCAACCUGUUGCUGCAGUCCUCUUUGGUGCCAUCUUUUGUCCCUUGGCAGCUUUAUUCUGCCUUCUGUUUGGCAUUCUAAGACGAGGUGUUCGUGGUUUAUGGGAUAGCGUCAUGUUUCACACUGUCAUCAAAAGUCGAGGAAGGAUUCCUGCUAAUGAUGGGUUCAUUGCUCGAAGGGUUGCCGGCCCAGGACUUGCUUCUAACUACUUCUUUCAGAUCAAACCGGAACAGUCUUUAGCUGCUAUAGAGGCUAAACUUGAGCUUGAUGAAUUGGAAGCUUGGAAAAAUAAUGUUCUCAAAGUGAUAGAAUAUCCUGAAGAGGAAUACAGGUCAGCCAAAUUCUCUCUUCCUUUCUCAUUCUUUUAUUUAUUUUUAUUUUGGUUUCUUUGUCUUUAA